AUGGCUGUAACAAGCGCAUGUAGUGCCGAGUUGCACAAGGCAAAUAUUGAUCUCGGCUGGCUGUUCUACGUGCAGGGUGUCGUUCUGAGUCCAGCUGUUAUACCAAUUGCACUAACGGUGACAUGGCGAAAAUUGACAAGCGCUGGCAUCAUAGCAGGUGCUUUACUGGGAGCUUCACUAGGGAUGACAGCGUGGAUGAUAGGAUGCUGGAAAAUCUAUGAUCCUGCCGACUAUGAUUUCAAAGGCACACGAGGAAUUGCAAAUCUUGACAUAGACAUCGAAGGGGAUGCCGUUAAUAAAAGUUCAUCCGAUGUCGUGGAUGCAAAGAGUCCUAGUAUUGAAAAAAGUGAAAAGGACCCGGCUGACAUUCGGACCGAUGCUGUAGUAGCCGCUGACGAGAAUACGUCUUCGAAUGGUCCUGAUGAGGAAGAACAACCAAGCAUGGCCACGCUGAAACUCGCUUUCAAGAAAGCGGCGUGGUACAGCUUAACGCUAACGUCAAUUGUCACAGUCAUAGCCAUCUAUGCUGAUUAG